AUCCACGCGCCACGCCUCGCGCGUGACGUUCCUCCCUCCCUAAAACGUGAAGGACUCGUACAAAAUGAAGCUCCUCUUUCUUCUCUUUCUCUUUCUCUUUCUCUCUCCAUCGAAACGCCACAACGCAAACUAACAACCACCACAACCACACCAACAACGUUUCUGUCUGCUCCUGUUGUGUCUCUUGUUUCGGAUUCAUGCCAAUAAACCCUUGAUUCCUCUCCCCAUUCUCCCGAGAGAACGGCCAUUCUGGUACUGUUUUGGACACUUACAAAUGAAUUUAGAAGACAAGUUCCUUGCUAAAGUUUCUGGAGUUCAAAGCCUUUCAUCCAGUGCCCAAAGUACUCCAGAAAAAAAUGGCCAUUCAGAUGAUGCUUCAAGAAGUUCAGAACUUCUUCAGGAAUUCCUAAAAUCUGGUCCUAAGAAGGAACUUCUGCGAUCUUGCUUUGACAAGGACAAAAAGAACAUUUCUUCAAAAAGCAGGAUGACCGAAACUAAGUCAUCCAAUAAGAUUAUCAAGAAGCAGGACUCAAAAAAAGUUUCUGUUCUCAGCAAUCAACCUUCUAGGAAGCAACAUCGCAAAGGAGAAAACCCGGUGCGGUUCGUACCAGCACCUGACCCACCUAGUGAUUUUGGACAUUCAAACUCCUGGAUCUGUAAGAAUUCUGCCUGUCGAGCAGUUCUCUCUAAAGAUGACACAUUUUGUAGAAGGUGCUCUUGCUGUAUUUGCCACCUUUUUGACGAUAACAAGGAUCCUAGUCUUUGGUUGGUAUGCACAUGUGAAUCUGCUCAAGGGGACUCCUGUGGCUUGUCUUGUCAUAUUGAAUGUGCUCUACAACAAGAAAAAGUAGGAGUUGUUGAUCAUGGACAAUUGAUGCAACUGGAUGGUGGUUAUUGUUGUGCUUCCUGUGGUAAAGUUACUGGGAUACUUGGAUGUUGGAAGAAGCAGCUAAAUAUAGCUAAAGAUGCCCGGCGAGUAGAUGUACUAUGUUACAGGAUAUAUUUGAGCUACAGGCUUUUGGAUGGAACUUCGAGAUUUAAAGAAUUGCAUGAAAUGGUAAAAGAGGCAAAGGCUAAACUAGAAACUGAAGUUGGUCCAGUUAACGGGGUUUCUUCCAAGAUGGCACGUGGCAUUGUCAGCAGACUCCCUAUUGCCAGUGAUGUGCAGAAACUCUGCUCUCUUGCUAUUGAAAAAGCUGAUGAGUGGUUGGCCACUGUUCCCAAUAUAAAUCCAGAAUCCAGAGAGGGUUCACUUCCUGCAGCCUGCAAGUGUGUGUUUGAAGAGGUAACAGCUUCCUCAGUCAAAAUCAUUUUAUUUGAAAUUUCAAAUGCAUCUUCUGUAGACAUUAAGGGAUACAAGCUCUGGUAUUAUAAGAGCAGGGAGGAAUCACACACUAAAGAUCCUGUUUGUGUGUUUCCCAAAGCUCAGAGAAGGAUUUUGAUAUCCAACCUUCAGCCUUGCACACAAUAUACGUUUCGAAUCGUAUCUUUUACGGAUAAGGGUGACCUGGGUCAUUCUGAGGCUAAGUGUUUCACCAAGAGCAUUGAGAUAUUGGAAAAGAAUUCAUCUUCAUCAGUUGCCAUGAAUCAUAAAAAGGAGAACCUUCAAAUUGAAUGCAAUUCUUCUGGCUCCAAAAUGGAGCCCAAUCCCACCUCGGCUGACUCUGGAUUUAAGGUUCGAGACCUUGGCAAAAUCCUGCAUCUUACUUGGGCUCAAGAACAAGGUUGCUUUGAGGGGUUUUGCUGUGCUGGCAAUAGAAAUUGCUGUGGUCAAAGUGAAAUGAUCAAGCCUAGUAAUCCACAAGAGCAGUUGCCUUUGGUUUCACGUGGUCUUGAUCUAAAUGUUGUUUCGGUGCCUGAUUUAAAUGAAGAACUUACGCCUCCAUUUGAGUCUUCCAGGGACGAAGACAAUGGUUGCACUUUGCAGCAGGCUGUUGAGGCAGAUGAUGAUGCUGCUUCUCAUGAUUUGGAGAAAAACUUGGCAAGAUCACACGGCAGUGGUGGUUCCCAAACAUGGAACCAUGGACCAACAGGAGAGGUUCCAGCUGUUGACUCGCGUGGAGAUGCAUGUAGGAAAAGGAUGGCAAGCACAAAUGAAGAGACACAUGAUUGUGACAGCACUUUGAUAAAUGGUUCUCCUUUGCGUGCAUCUGAUGGUCCAUUCUCCUUAGAUGAGAACUUUGAGUAUUGUGUCAAAGUCAUUCGUUGGCUAGAAUGCCAGGGUCAUAUCAAGCAAGAAUUUAGGCUGAAGUUGCUGACAUGGUUUAGUUUGAGGUCGACCGAGCAAGAACGUAGGGUGGUAAAUACUUUCAUUCAAACUCUUAUUGAUGAUCCAAGUAGCUUGGCAGGGCAACUAGUUGACUCAUUUUCUGAUAUUAUAUCCAACAAGAGGCCAAGAAAUGGUUUCUGCAAUAAGGCUGUGUCAUCAAGUUAAGGGUGUGGAAUCCUGUUACACAAGAUCCUCUUUGCUUCAAGACUACAAAUCACCCUGAUUGAUUGUUUCUGCCUUCCUUGUACAUGCAUUUUUUAUUACUCACCGUGAUUCAUUUUAUUGGGACAAGUUUUUGUCCUGCUAAAAGGAUUUGCAUUGAUGAUUAUUGAUUGUGCAGACAGCAAGUAACUCUAUUUAUCCUUGAAGGGAAGAAGGAUCUUUGCACAAGUCUCAGGAUGUUGAAGGCAAUUCGCUAUUUUACUAAAUUACUGCAAUUGUUUAUCAAUCAUGAAUUUAAUCACGUUAGAUAUUAUUAUUCUUGAACUUUCAUUUCACAGCAACAUUUGUGAUGGCUGAUUUCAUUCAUCCCAUCAUUCUUUUGUUAUCUUUGAUGUUUUUUCAACUCACUUCUAGGCUUGACUCUACUUCUACUAUGGUUAUCUUGAUGUGGUUCUGUACUAUGUAACCUAAGUGCUGAUGCUGAUGCUCUCUCAUGGUUAGUUAUCAUUUGUAGGGUGUUGUAGGUCUGAAGUCACCAUGAAUAGUAAGCAGUAAUUCAUCUAAGCUGUUGCCACAAUGGAUAACAUUGUUGUUGUAUCGUUCUUGGCCAUCAUGUUAAGAUUUUUCUUGGUCA